AUGUCUAAAAGAGCAGUUUUUAAAAGGCAAACUAUUUUACUAAAUGGUUUAAGCGAACAAGAAACUGAUUCUUCUGAAUCAGAAGAUGAAAUGAGUGAAGUGGCAGAAGUGUUUGAAAGAGAAUUGGCAAUGAGCGAAAGUUCUUCGUCUGAUGACGAAAGCGACGAAACUGAUGAUAUAGAACAACACGAAAAUGAUGAUUCAAAAUCAAAAAGGAAAAAGAAAAAGAAAAUUCAUUGGCAGCAAAAGCAAUUUGCGGCUCCAGUAGCAGCUUUUGCUGGUACAUUGCCAGCACCACCAACACAUGUAGAAUUACAACCGAUCGACUAUUUCUAUUCUAUGUUUGGACACGAGUCUAUAAGACUCCUAAUGGAUCAAUCAAACUUGUAUUCAGUACAGAAAGAUCCAAAUAAACCAGUUCGUGUUACUGAAAUGGAAAUGAAUCGAUUCAUCGGCGUGCUAAUGAUGACCGGCGUUUAUUCAUUUCCGGAACAACGUUUCUUCUGGACAGGUUCGACUCGUGUUGACUGUAUAGCAUCAGCAAUGAGCCGAAAUCGUUUUUUAGAAAUUAAAAAAAACUUACAUGCUGUUGACAAUUCAACUCAACCAAAAAAUACCGAUCCAAAUUUUGAUCGUGCAUAUAAAGUUCGUUUGCUAAUGAAUAUUAUACGAGAAAACUUUCGAAAAUUAACUAAAGAAGAAAAAUUAAGCGUCGACGAACAAAUAAUACCAUUCAAAGGUAAGAGCAUCAUGAAACAGCACAUGCCUAAUAAGCCUAAUCGUUGGGGCUAUAAAAUGUUUGUACUUGCCGGUGGAAAAACUGGUAUAUGUUAUGAUUUCAUACUAUACACUGGUAAAGGUGAGAGUCCACAAUACGGCUUUUGCACCGAUAUUGUGCUUGGCUUAUGUGAAACCGUACCACGUUUAAUGAAUCAUAAAAUCUAUUUUGACAAUUACUUCACAACUAUUCGACUGCAGGUCGAAUUAAAACGACUGGGUAUUUAUGCGGUGGGUACAGUAAGAUCCAACCGACUACCCGACCUUGUUAUGAAAACUAAACAAGAAUUAACACGUGAAGGUCGAGGAGCAAUGGACUAUC